AUGACAUACAUAAUAUCAGUGGAUGGUAGCUAUUUUUAUAUCAUUGCAGAAUAUUUAUAAUUUCAGUUUACAUAAAAUGUUUGUAAAAUAUAUUAAGAAACAUUAUCUACGUGAGUAUAUUUCUGUUUAUUGUAGGGCUGUCUUUGAUUAAACAAAUAGCGGAAGAAAUUUUCAUAACAAAUAAAAGUAUUGGAUCAAGAAACUCCUAUGGCUAUUAUAAAAAGCAAAUAUCUUUUCUUGAUGAUAAUGGAAAAAUAACUUUUGGUCUCUUCGAAUCAAAUCAUUCAAUACUAGACCAUUUAGAAAUGGCUGUCUUUGAUUUUAAUAGGAACUUUCCCGCCGUAAUAAAUAUGACAUUUUCGAGCAGUUUAGGAAAGAUGGUUUUUUGGAUUCCGUAGGUCAAAUAUGGUAUUUACACUUUACACAAGGGAAAAUCUUAAUGGUACUAAAUUGAAAACCGUCCAUGACCUACCUGAAAGUUUUACUAAAUCAAAGCGGAAUAUAUUUUGUACUCACGGCUGGAUGAAUAGUGGUGCUUCUCCAGUUUGUCAAAUGAUUAAGAAAAAAUUGCUUGAACAUACUGAUAGCAACAUCUUUAUUGUUGAUUGGGGCCCGGUAGCAAAAAUAGUAACCUACCCAAUUCCUGCAGCUGGUGUUAGAGUCAUGGCAUUAUUCUACUCAGAUUUUGUUAAUGAUCUAAUUGAAAAGAUUGGAGUACGUAUUGGCAAUAUUCACCUUAUAGGUCACAGUCUUGGAGCACAUCUUUCAGGUUUCACUGGACGUCUUAUCAAUAGGGGAAAACUUUCUAGAAUAACAGGAUUAGAUCCGGCUUUACCGUCAUUCACAAUAGUACCCGAUGAUCAUCUAAAUAUCUACGAUGCAGAAUUUGUAGAUAUCAUACAUACUUGUGGGGGAUUUCUUGGUAUUAAGAAUGCAAUAGGGCAUGUCGAUUUUUAUCCAAAUGGAGGUGGUCCCCCUCAACCUGGGUGCUCUAAAGAUUGGCAGAUGAUGGAUUCUUGUAGUCAUGGUAAAUCUUAUGAAUUUUUUGCCGAAAGUAUUUCAAAUAAAUCUUUAUAUAAAGCAAUACAAUCAAAUGGGCCUAACGCGGAAUGUAAUUCUGCACCAAUGGGAUAUCAUGUUCCACCUAGUACAAGAGGAAUAUAUUUUUUAUUAACGAAUUAG